ACGUCAGGCUGAUGAUGCAGACACGCGCUCCGCGGCUUCACUUUGAUCUCUUCAGUGUGUUCGUGAUCUGAGCUCACGCGUGUCACUCACCGCAGACCAGUCACAGCAGAUUGAUAUUCUCCGAAGGAUUCAUCUGCAUCAAUCCAUUCAGGAUAGGAUUACGUGUUAAAUCCUGCGCAGGCUUCGGUUCUUUCCCUCUGAAGAUGCCCGCUUGUGGAUCACAGAUUGGGGACUUUCGUGGAAUUAGACGAGCUAAAGGCUGUGUGAUGAUAGCUGAAGCCUUCUUAUGAGGUAAACAUAUCUGUCUGGACCUCCGGCUCCCUCCCAGUGCCAGCAGCAGCAGGACUAAGGGAUGUCACAAGUAUUCCUCCUUCUGACCCUGCUCAGUUUCUCCUCCUGCAUCCAGGUGUCAACUGCUGCAUCCCUCAAAACAUUGAUGGCAAGAUGGAUAAUGUAUCGAGAUGAAUGUUUUCGAAAUAUUAGCAGAGAACCGCCGAUGACCGGUCUUGUGUGCAACAGAACAUUUGAUAAGUAUGCCUGCUGGCCGGAUGCACUGCCCAAUACUACAGUGAGUGUGGCCUGCCCCUGGUACCUGCCCUGGCACAAAGAAGUCCGACAUGGGUUUGUGUAUCUGGAGUGUGAUGCAGAUGGACAGUAUAGCAAACAGAAGAACGCCAGCGAAUGUCUAUCACGUGACCCCGCACAAAUCAACAUGCAACACCACGGACGGGUCCUCAGUCAGUUCAGGACCAUGUACACCAUUGGAUAUUCCCUGUCUCUCGGGGCACUGGUGCUGGCAUUGGGCAUCCUGGUAGCGUUUAGGAAGCUGCACUGCAUGAGAAACAACAUCCACAUGAACUUGUUUGCCUCCUUCAUCCUGCGAGCCUCUUCUAUUCUCAUCAAAGAUGCCAUGUUAGAAAGGCCUGAUGACUUCCAUGUUGGUCAGGACUUCACCACUGAACUGGAGGUGGAGUGGCUGGUUAAAAACGAGACGGCGGUCGGCUGCAGAGUUGCAAUGGUGAUGAUGCAGUACAGUAUACUAGCUAACAACUACUGGCUGCUGGUGGAGGGCAUCUACCUGCACAGCCUUCUGGUCGUGACAGUCCUGACGGAGAGGAAUUACUUCGGCAUCUACCAGUGUAUUGGCUGGGGUGCCCCUCUGAUAUUCGUGUUGCCGUGGGUGAUCAUGAAGUACUUGUAUGAGAAUGAGGAAUGCUGGGUGCAGAAUAUUAACAUGGAGUACUGGUGGAUAAUUCGUUCGCCAAUCCUGCUGGCCGUGUUGAUUAACUUUUUCAUCUUCAUACACAUCAUCAAGAUCCUCGUGUCCAAAUUGAGGGCGCACCAAAUGAGAUAUUCUGACUACAAGCUCCGGCUUGCUAAGUCAACCCUCACCCUGAUUCCAUUACUUGGGAUCCAUUCGGUCCUGUUUUCAUUUGUUACUGAUGAGUCUACCUCACAUGGUGCUCUAUCCCUGCGCCUCACAAAGCUCUUCAUCGACCUCUUCUUCAACUCCUUCCAGGGGCUGCUGGUAGCCAUCUUAUAUUGCUUCGUCAACAAGGAGGUUCAGUCUGAGAUUCUGAAGAAAUGGAGACGUUGGAAGCUUGGGAGGGACAUUGAGGAGGAGUACCGUCACACCUACAGCCAGUCUCUUCAGAUGAAGAGUGGCAGCAUCUUGGUCCCUCCUACCAACCUCUCGCAGCUGCCUGAUAUCGCUACCACUACCUCCCGGCUGGGCAGUCCAGAAGAGAAGCAGAUGUUGGUGUCCAGCAGCCAGAAUGGUAUGGGUCCUGGAUUGCAGUUCACCUCCACACCACAAGAUAGUUCCACCUGCAGUUCGAUAACAGAGGACAUAGUCAUGGUGGACAGGGGAAAGUGUUGUAGCGUUCAACAGGGCAAUGCGAAGAGCAACCUGUGAGCAUAAGGACCUCAAGAUGUCUCACAGAAUAAUACUUGAGCACUCUUGCUUCUUUUGGCUAAGGGUCCUGAAACCUUGACCCUGGCUGGAGCAAGAGGAGUGUGUAUGUGUGUUGAUGUGUGAGUUUAUGAGAGCACUGCGUUCUCUGAUGGACACAUGAUGGGCACCCGUUCGUAACAUUACUUGAUGCUCAGUUGACACCGUCCCAGUCGGGCAGGAUCAGCAGUGAGCAGAAGGUGAACAUACAGUAGGUUAAGAAAGAUUUGCACAAAUGUACAUGCUAAAAAACUCAAUGAUGAAGAACAGAGUCUUACCUCUAGUCUUAAAUAAAGUAGCUAUCUGUGAUGUUGAUGAUUUAAUAGAGAAAACCCACUGGGACUGCAGGGUCCAAUAGGAACAAUCACAAGAAAACAUCUACAACCAGCGCAUCUGGAUGACCGGAAGAUGUAGGAAAAGAUACACUUAACUGAACUUGUCAAAAACUUUACUAAACCAGGUAAUGCAUUUCAGAGUCCGUGAGCUCCAUUUAAACUGAAGGAACCCCACAUGUCUCUGUAGAAAAUACCAACUUGGACCAGAAUUUCCAUGCAGGUUUAUGCCAUUGUGGUGCUGAUGGACCAGCAAAGCCAAAAAUGAGUGAAGCUGAUUAUUCAAGAACAUUUGCUGACUGAGUAAGCGAAGAAGCCUUGCACACCAGCAUUUUUGUUCGCAUACCGUAUAUUUUGGAAUCAACUGACGCUUUUGGGUACAUGUAAUAUUUACAGAUGUUUGUGUGUAAUUUAAUUAAAAGCAUCUUUGUCUUUGUUCAAAAUUAAUUGCCAAGCUAAGGUAUAGAUGUAGACUGAUCAAGUAUUACCCGUGUGCCUUUUUCUGUAGGUCAUAGACUCCGAUAUUGAAACAAAUACACAAAGAUUCACCAAGCAAAGUAAGUUACCCAGUCUUCAGAGGUGAAAGUUGCAAAAUACAGCCCUAAGUGAAAUGCUUCAAAGGGUCUGGGUCCGUUUCUUAAUGGAGUAGCAUGACAGAUCUGAUUCCCCCGUGUCAGUGGUCAGAAGAGAUGACUGUCCACCAGACAUGAUGAUAUGUUCAAGAGUCAGUAUUAGAAGAAGAGUCAACUAUUUCUUCUCUCGCAUACUUCUCAUCUCCUAAUAGGCAUUCAAAUCUUUGCCAUAGAGCUUUGAAAGAUGUUCAGGAAGUGUAGGAGGAACUGUGAGAACAAGAGCCAGAAAGCGAAGAGAAAAUUUAGAACAAAUUAUAACCUUCAACAUCGAUCAAAAUGAUUCUUCAUUCAGAGGAUAUCUGUCAUGCUCAAUUCAAGAUAUGCUAUAAAAAAAUAUGCAACUGCAAGACACUUACAUGAGAUUGCGGUGAAGUACAGAGGUGAAGUGUGUAAUUUCUGCAACAUUGUUGCCACAAAAUCUGUUCGUUUGAGUGGCCCAGCUGAGCCAUAACAAUAACAAAGAGACCAUAGGGUUAAGGUUUUUCUGGUUAGUAUCUAUAGUUGAGAUGUCGAGCAACUACAUUUUAAUAUGAAUGAGAAUCCUAACAGAUGGGAUUCCCCAGUUAUUGACGUGAACUUGAUCUGAACGAUUGUAAAAUAGAGCAUUUGUUUGUAGAAUUCAUUUUUACAUUUCUGUUUAGUGUCACUAAUGAUGUGUAAAUCACAUACUUCACCUUUAAUGACAAUGAGCAGCUGAUGCCCCAUAUUGUGGCAUUUGUGUGCAUCAUGAUGCACAUUUAUAUUUUCUUUAGGUCAUCAAAUACGUGAUGAUAAUGACGAUGAAUAACGCAGAUAACUAUGUGGGGCAAUUUGCACAAUUCUAAUUUAUAAUUGUUAAAUAUGUAGAUAUCUGUAAAUGCCUGUUGAGAUUUUGUUUUGUGGUGUCUGUUAUUUGUGCACACGGUGUGUAUUCUGUGCUUGCUUUGGAGGGGGGAGGGAGAGAAACACGUAAGUCCUGGGUUAGUGUUCAGUUAGCUAAGAAAAGAAACUGCUGGCAUUUUUGUUUUUUUUGCAAACAGUCGAGACCAAUUUUGCAUUUUGAGUGAAACCGGAUGAUAUAAUUCAGUCCUUCUGUGGUAAAGGUGAGAUAGUGGUGCCGAUUUUUUUAAUAACUGCAGGUUAAAGACUCUUUAGCGUGCUAAACUUAACAAAAUACAGUUAGACUUUUUUUUUUCAAAAGAGAGAAAUAUUUUAUCGUCACAAGAGAUAAAAGAACAUUAAAUUAUUUGUCUAAGGUUGCCUACCAAAACAAAACAUCCUGUUGAAUAUUUCAAACAGAUUUUUUUAAAUUAGCAUCAUGAAAUGUUAUCCAAGCAUGAGAGUAAUUUUGAAAGUUGAUAAAUCAUGCAUACACUGGUCUGCCUUCUAUUUCAACUGUAGUCUUGAAGCAAAACUGAAGUGAUGCCAAAUUUUUCAGUGAGGGAACAAAGUGUCUGUUAUGCUCAUCUCUCUGCAGUCAAGCUUCAGAACCUCUUGGAAUAUCUAGGAAUGAACUAUAGUAUCCCAGGAGCCAUGCUUUAGAAACAGGAGAGAUGGAAAGCUGAAUCUGUGAAACAUUUGACAAAUAGAGCCCAUUGUUUUUUAAGUAUCUGAAUGGUAAUGAUGUUGCACCCAAAGUAUGAUAUGCUCACAAAUGAUAUGGACAGAUUUUUUGGAGCUUGGUAGUAUAUCAUCUGCUUUUCUUGUAGAGAAAUGAGCAGCUUUGACAUUCUAAUAUCUCAUUUGAAAUGUCAUGCAAUGGUUUGACAAUGAUUAAUUUUUAGUGAACUGUUCCUUUAAUUUUAUUUGUUGGCAAAAACUCAAACAUGUCACUAUAUCAAGUCAUUAUAUAUUACUAUUUUCUCACGCAGUCCUAGCAAAAAUAUCAUAUAACAUCUUUUUUCCCCCUGAAAUACUUUUCCCUUUGACUGCAGUGGCUUUGGUUGAAUGUAUUGUAUAUUUAUCUAUAAGGAUUCCCCUCAAAUUAUAAUUUUUUUUUUAAUUUAUCACAGUGUUUGUGUUUCAUAGUAUACCUCAGCCACAUUGAAAAUGACUGAUGCAAAAUAAUAAUUCUAGAACACUGCCAUUAUAUUCAAAGAUCAUGUCUACACUGUAAACAGACAGUGUGGAAGCUUUGCUCAUUUUAAUGGGUAGGUUCUAGUUUUGUGUUGUGUAGCUCUCUUGCAAUGUAGACGGGCUGAUGGCAUGGUUGACCAGACAUGCUGUAGAUUAAAACGUGUUUGUGUAAUGCUUUUUUUUAUUAUUAUUAAUUGUGGUAUCAAGAUGGUGAAUAAAUAAAUUAAAGUAAAAAAAGAAUAUAUAUAUAAAAUACAUGGUUUGUCUUUCACUAUUGUUAUGAAUUUGUACAAUGUAAUUCACAUGUUUUCAUAUGAUCUGUUUACACUUCACUGAUGGGUGGACCUUCAUGUUUUUUUUUUUUAGCUUCUUUGUACAAAUUUGUAUGAAAUCACAUAAAACCUUGUAAAAUAGUUACAUUUUCUCAGGAUACCAGGUUGGGUUUAUACUGUGAAUUCUGUCUUAAAGCCUUGAUUAGAUGUUUAAAACUGUUUGAAGGUUAGUUCGAAGGUUAUAUUGGCUUCAUAUACUUGUACUUGUAUACUUUUUAUGUUUUGGCGAAUUAGUGGCUAUAACAUGUAUGAAUUUGUGCAUUUUCAUGCAAUGUCUAUGAUCCACUGAUGGUUAGGUUUAUGGGUUGGACUUUUAUGCUAUUGUGAAUCACAUCAAAUAGAUUCAUCCGAAAUC